AUGGAAUCCUACCGGGUCCUCUCUGAGUACGAGCUGCCGCGCGCUCCGAGAAAUGCAGUCAUCCACGCCACCGUCGCAGACCGCGUCUCCAAGAUCCUGGGGCAUUUAGACGAGAGCAGAGCCUCGCGGAGAUUGCUCGGGCGGCUGGUGGAAGUGUACUUUGAGGCGGUCCGGAGGCAGGUGGUGCAGUCUGCCAGCCAGCCAGUCCGCCGAGCAACGGAGAGCAAGUUUCGCGCGAGGAAGCCCUCGGUGCAUCUUGCAGCGAGCAGCGCGCCCUUGGCAAACGAGCCCGUGUCUCAUGACGACGCCUGGUGCACCUUGGGUGUUUAG